AUGACUGGCCCAAAGCUACCAGCAGUACGUCUUUCAUCGACUAGUGAUGAAGGAGAGCACCUCGUACAAGAUGCAGUCGUCCUGGAUUUACCGCCUUUCAACAAAUUCAGUAUCAAUUACCCAUCUCAGGCAGAACAGGGUCGACCAAUUCCAACACCUCCUUCAUCGGACAGGCCAGCGUUGAGUUCUUCGGAUUCUGGAGAGACGGAUACCUCGGGGGACGAGUCGAAUCAUGAGCUGGAAGCCUCAGAUAGUUUCAAUACCAACCGUUCACCAACCAUUCCACGACUAAGGCCAGCCGUCCAUGGUUCUGGUUCUUCUCCCCAUCAUCCUCGAUUUAAUCGUGCAUUCUCUCUCCCUCUCCCUUCUCAGUUGGGGUACCUCCAACAUCCGCUCAAGUCCUCCGUGUUUGGAGAAAUGGCUCCCAGACCCCCUGGUUCUGACCCACCUUCGACGGAGGUCUCUCAGUUUCGACAGCUGUCUUUGGAGCUCGCCGAUUCGGUUCAGAUGGUGAUUCAGACUAUGCUUCAAGUCUCACCUUCACAGGUCCUUGACCCAGCGAAAGAGCAGUUCUCUGCUUGUGCUCUCGCAGUCCCCACGCCCUCUAUGUCCGCGAUGUUGACAGCCAUGAAAAACCUCAAUUAUAUCUCCGUCAAUGUGAACACCUUCUGCGGUGGACCUAUGGAGGGCGACGAAGAUGACGUACCACCGCUGUUCAGUUCGAAAAGAUAUAACGAUUUUGACAUCGGUGAACUUCUUCAGAGCACUGGCGAUGCUUUGAGUGGUGCUGCUGCUCACACUGGCGUUGACCUGGUCAUAUAUCAUGGAGAUGUUGGUUUGAAGCAUGUUUGGGUAAAGGGCGAUGAAUCUGGGAUAUCCUACAUGUUAUCCCACGUUAUUCGGCAGAUUCUUAAUACUGCACAGCGAACCGAUACCCUAGAGCUCGGACUCUUUGUUCAUCACCAAUCACCCAGACGCCAAGAAAUGUCGACUAUUGUAGAGACAGAUGAAGAUGACCCGUUCAAAGACUCUACUGAUGGCCCUCUUCAAUGUGUUGUGGAAAUGUACCACAAAUUCGGACCAACAGAUUUCCCCAAUAACCACCUCGAUACUCGCGUGCAGCCCGACCUCACAACCCUCUUAUUACGUCGCCUUCUACGAAAGGUGGGGGCAACACUAACCCAAGACUCUUCGCCAAGUGAAAAUGGUCGUUCCUGUCGGGUAUACUUCGCACUUGAAGCCGGUUCCUCGCCAGUUGACACGCCAUACACCGUCAAGGCUAGCGGUGACAGUAUGUCAGUCGAACCAUCGUUGGAACAACUUACCGUUUUCAUGGAGAGUUUGAAGGGAAAGAAAGUUAAUCUCUAUGCUAGUUCCAAAGGUUCCUUCGCACACCACCUCACGAGCUACUUGACAGCAUGGGGUAUGGAUGUGAGCCAUAUAUCCGCGGAAGGGGGUGUAGACAGUCAACCAGAAACUCUGCCGCCCAGUCCUACGACCGGCUUGCGGACAGACGGGUAUAUUCCCUCUGGUGUACCUCCUAAAUCAGAGCCCCGUCAACCAAAGGUGCAACCGCCUUCGUUCAUCUUUAUAGAUGACGACGUCAGCGUUCUCAGAGAGCGCCUACAAGUUUUACGUCCCGAAAAUGGAUAUCCUAUCAGUUUGAGCCUUCGGAAACGACCAUCAUUAGCACCACACCAUCGGCCACGAUCUUCCCCUCAAGUCGCUCGUUUGGGUUCUAGCUCCGCAGUUAUACUUCACUUCACAAGCCUUUCCAAUUUCAAGCUGGCGAAGGAUGUUGUCCAGUCAAUACUUGCCACCGCCUUCAGUUCUCCGCAACCCCUGCCAGAGGUCAUGAUUAUCCCCAAACCUGCUGGUCCCCGACGGUUCUUGACGGCGCUUUAUAACGCAGUAACCAAACCUGUGUUCGACACGUUCUUUUCCCCUAUAGCGACUACACCUGGUUCACCCAGCGUCUUAGGUAAUGGUGGCUCAUUCUACCACAACGUCAAUACCAGUAACGUCAGCCCCAAACAGCCCGUGGCCCACAGGCCGACCGGGUCGCGGUCAAAUUCAGAUCGUUCAUCCAAAUCGGCAAAUUUCGAGGGCGGGAGUCAUGGUCAUACAACUUCGCCUCUCGCUAUUCCUGAUCCGGUCGAAUAUUUUUCGGAAGCUGCGGUGAAGCUUGGCGCAUCUCCAUCGUCUGGACUAGUGAUCCAGAGUCCGGAUGGGCAGCCGGCUGGGAUUUUUUUCCAUCCCAAAGCUCGAGGUUCUUCUAGGACUCCGAUCAUGGAACGAGAUAGAGGGCAUCUCACUGUUACUUCCAAUCCUCGAAAAUCCAUCUCGGACGAAAAACCCCCUCCCGUAACGUUUGCUUCUCUACAUGAAUCACGGAACAAUAAUCAAGCUGGUCCCUCUACAUCGUUGCGCACAGGCACUGGGUUACGGAGUAAACCCAGUUCUCCCAGGGUCCCCCCUCCCUCCCCCCAUCCGUCGCUUGAUGGCGUCACUUCUAGUCCAGUAUCUGAUGGACAGACAAUCCUCUCCACUCAAGCGCAAACAAGAAGUGGUUUAGAGUUGCCUUUAGCUUCUCGGAAGGCUAGCGGUGGAUCGAGUAGCCCUCGUUUAGACUUAUCUGGCAACGAUCUGGCUACGCGGAAAACUGCCACGCCCGCUCGGAGGGAUAGUGGCAACCCUCUCAGUCCAUCUACAUCAACCACUACGAAGAAGGCAAAAUCUCCUGCAGAUGGGAAUAUUGUGCCCCCAAUUAGUGUUCUGAUAGUCGAUGAUAACCCCAUCAACCGGACUAUCUUAUCUACCUUCAUGAAAAAGAAAAAGAUCAAGUUCGAUGUGGCAUCGAACGGAGAAGAGGCUGUGGAGAAAUGGAAAUCAGGAGAAUUCCAUUUAAUACUUAUGGACAUCCAAAUGCCAGUCAUGAAUGGAAUUGCUGCUACCAGUGAGAUUAGACGAAUCGAGAAGCUCAACGCCAGCGCUGGUUAUCCUCCCUCUACUCCUUGUACCGAAGGAGGACCACCUACUCCAUCGGACAUUUCCUCUGGUACAAAAUCUACGGCAUCUCCAUAUCGGUCUUCCGUCAUUAUUGUCGCUCUCACGGCAUCAUCCUUACAGAGUGAUCGUAUUGCAGCACUUGCCGCUGGGUGUAACGACUUCCUAACAAAGCCGGUUUCCUUGCAGUGGUUGAACAAUAAGUUGAUCGAGUGGGGAAGUAUCAAGGCUUUGCAGAUGUGGGCAGAUUUAGCACCGAGCGUCGGGAUGCCAGAAGCAAGGAAUAUUGCUGAGAGAUUGCAUGUACCCAAGGAACGGGGCAUAAGCCCAUCCACGAGCGCUAGGGCACCGCAAGGGCUGGAGGAGAGGCCUCCGUUGUUACGACCAGCGCGGCAGUUGUCAUCUUCCUCCCUAGCCUCUACUUCUCGAGUGAAUGAACCUACCCCUGUGACUGCCAAUGGUGGAACGUCCCAACUCGAUGGUGCAGCUGAAAAGGAUCGGUCGCGGACAUCGACUGGUCUCAAUGAUGAAAACACCUCGCAUCCAUCCCCAUCAGCUUCUAUCGAUCCUGAGAGGGUGAACGGAGUCGAUACCUUAGAUUCUCCCCGUCCAGUCGUCUUCAAUCUUGCUACAGGUGAUGUAACAGGGAAUGCAGACCAGCCACCGCCAAGGCAACACACCACCCCUCCGAGUUCACUUCCUGAAGGGGGCUUUACUGUGGUCGGGGAUGGACAUGACGGCAGAUGA